AUCAUCCCUGGGGAGGCACGACAGCGGCGGAGGCGGUUACUCCUGCCGUCCACUCACGCAACCGACCUGGCAACUUAACGGCGGGAGGCGCUUGACCUCCUGAAUUACAGCUCCGUCGUUAACGAGCUUUUAUUGGAGCAUUUCUAAAGGGGUCUGAAAGGAAUCCGUGACCGAAGCGAGGAGCGGCUGAAGCGGCCGGAAGAAGGCAGGGGGACGGACGAGAGCCAGCCCCUGCUCUGCUGGACAUUCAUGCGGCCACACUGUCGCUGCCUGCCGCAAAACCCUCCUUCUGCUGCGGACACAUUUUGACCCGACUACCCUCUACAGCCGGAUGUCUGCCUGUCUCAUGGAGUGCACCACGGAAUGGAGGAAGGAGGACUGACACUCGGGGAGCCGUGAAGAAAGCCUCGUCCUGUUCGGAAAGUAGCAUCCGGAGAAAAAGCCGAGCACCGCGCGUUUCAAAGCCGAGCAGCCGAGGAGAGUGACAGCGCCAGCAAGAUGUCUGUCCCUGUGUUCUGUAGAAUGUUUGACUGCCUGCAGGGGGCGCCACAGGUGGAGAACGUGCUCGCCAAGGCGCUGUACGACAAUGUGGCGGAGUCUCCGGACGAGCUGUCCUUCCGUAAGGGGGACAUCAUGACGGUGUUGGAGCGGGACACGCAGGGUUUGGAUGGCUGGUGGCUCUGCUCGCUCCACGGUCGCCAAGGCAUCGUCCCGGGCAACCGCCUCAAGAUCCUGGUGGGCAUGUACGACAGCAAGCAGCAGCAGCAGGCCACGCCUUCCACGCCAGAGCCAGCCACUUCCGGUCCCUCCUCCCAGCGAUCCCUCCCCCCUCUGAGCGCCUACGCCCAUCCUUCCCCCUCUCCGUCAUCGGCCGCCAGCGCUACUUCCUCCUCCGGGUAUCCCAACAAGCCCCUCCACUCGGCACAGUACACGCCGAUGCGUCUGGCCUACUCCACCCCCAGCCCCGCACAGCCCAACGCUGACUCCAUCUACAUGAUGCCUCCCUCCCACAGCCCCAAACCCAGUCCACAGAGUGUGUACCAGAUCCCCUCUGGCCCGAGCGGACUCCCUCCAGGACCCCCCAGCAAGGCCCCGGCUCGGGCCCAGAGACAGUACCAGGAUAUCUACCAGGUGCCCCCCUCUGUAGGCUCAGGGCCUGGCCAGGGAGCGACCCCGGCCGGGGGGACAGGAGUGGGGCAGGAUGUGUACCAGGUGCCCCCCUCCCUGGAUAAGAGGAGCUGGGAGAACAGCAACAAGCCACUGGGCAAGGUGGUAGUUCCUACCCGGGUCGGACAGGUGUACGUGUACGACACGUCCAAACCAGAUCAGGACGAGUACGACGUCCCGCCCAGACAUCAGCCUCCCACCCAGCAGGACAUCUACGACGUGCCCCCCACUCGCCAGCAGUACAACACACAGGUGUAUGACACUCCUCCAAUGGUGGUGAAGGGGCCCCCUAGUGGUCGGGAUAUAUAUGACACGCCAGCGAGCACGGACAAGAACGCACAGCAGACGGUCUACGACUUCCCGCCGUCUGUCAGUAAAGACGUCCCUGAUGCCCAGCCAAUCAGAGAGGAGACCUACGACGUACCGCCCCACUUUGCCAAACUCAAGCCGGCCCCCGUCCCGGCGGGCCAGUACCCGCACAACAACCUCGACGACGACGACGACGAGCCGCCCAUUCCCGAGGACGUGUAUGACGUGCCGCCCCCCAUCCUGACUGACAAGCAUUACCGUGGCAACAUGGGCGGAGUCAGCCAGGCCCCCCAGGAGAUCUACGACAUCCCAGCCAGCCUGCGGACCGGGGGGCACCCCCCCGCCCACGACGUCUACGACUUCCCCCGGGAGCGAGAGGAGAAAGGGGGAGACAGGGGGGACCACUACAUCUACGAUGUCCCACCACAGGUUGUGCGGGAUGCCCAGUCCACAAGCGAGGACCUCACCUUGUCCUUCAAGCGGCUGUCUGCCUCGAGCACAGGAAGCACCCGGAGCAACCACUCGGCUUCCUCCUUGGACAUGGUCCCUGUCCGUGACACCUCCACCUCCUCCGCCUCCACCCUUCCUGCCCCGGGGAAACCCCUGGUCCUGGACUUGGAACAGGCCAUGGAGCGUCUAUCUCGCCUCCAGCAAGCCGUUGAGUCCAGCGUGUCCCUCAUGAUGUCCUUCAUCACAGGGAACUGGAGAAGCCCUCCUCACCUGGAAGGGAACCUCCCGGCCAUUCAUCAAGCGGCUGACCGGGUGCGCUCCACCGUCCGGGACUUCCUGGAAUUUGCGCGUGGCGCUGUGGCCAACUCCGCCCAGGCCACGGACCGCUCUCUGCACGCCAAGCUAGGCCGCCAGGUGGGCAAGAUGGAGGAGGUCUUCCAGAGUUUCAUUGUAAACAGUCAGGGUUUAGACGCCAUUUCCUGGUCGCACGCCGCACUCACGGCGCCGCCGGCAGGAGGGGACGACUUAGACCGGCUGAUCAUGACGGCGCGCGGCAUCCCCGACGACGCCAAGCAGCUCGCCUCCUUCCUCCACGGCAACGCGUCGCUGCUCUUCAAACGGACCCGGCAGCAGCAGCAGCAGCCCCUUCCACCGAUCCCGGGGGAUGUCAGCGGUCACAUGACAGGAUCAGGAAGUGGGAGUUAUCAGGGGGGGGAGCGGGUGCACAUUCAGUCACGGCCCCUCCCCUCUCCGCCAAAGUUUACCGCUGCAGAGGAAGAGGAAGGUGUAGACAGGCCGUACGGGAGCACAGAGGAAGGCUGGAUGGAGGACUAUGACUACGUACAUCUGCAGGGAAAAGAAGAGUUUGAGAAGAACCAAAAACAGCUGCUGGAGAAGGGCAACAUCAACAGACACAAGACACAACUGGAACAUCAACAGGUACCUAUUAAACAGUUUGAGCGGCUGGAGCAGGAAGUCAACCGGCCAAUCAACAACGACAUGACGGGCUGGGUCCCCGUGGCCAACCAGCAGACCCCCAACGGCUCCGGAGGCCCCGCCUCCUCCAAGCUGUGCCACGGUGACCGCCAGCUGCUCCUCUUCUACCAGGAGCAGUGUGAACAGAACGUCACCACGGUGACCAACGCCAUCGACGCCUUCUUCACCGCCGUCAGCUCCAACCAGCCGCCCAAGAUCUUCGUGGCGCACAGCAAGUUCGUCAUCCUCAGCGCCCACAAGCUGGUGUUCAUCGGCGACACGCUGUCGCGGCAGGCCAAGUCGCCGGAGGUACGGGGCCACGUGGCGCAGAGCAGCAACGCGCUCUGCGAGAAACUCAAAGACAUCGUGAUCAGCACCAAGACGGCGGCGCUGCAAUACCCCUCCCCCGGCGCGGCGCGCGACAUGACUGAGAGGGUUAGGGAGCUGGCGGGCUGUACGCAGCACUUCAGGAUGGUGCUGGGGCAGCUGCUGGUGAUGUAGGGAGGGUGGGGCCAGGGGGUGGGGCACACCAAACCGGGACCCAAACUGACAUGUCCUGGAAACACCAUGGAUCUAUCAAAUAAAUAAAAAACUGGAUACAGCGUUCGAGGCGGGGCCCCGUUCAUUCCUAUGAGAGUUGCUCAGUAGAGCAUGAAGCCAAAAAAAUGUCCCCUUGUGGGUCUAAAAUGACCUGGAUGGUCUUCACUGUGGGGCCCAGAGAACAGACCGCAGACCUCUGCUGGCCGAGCCGGCAUCUUCCGGGUUAGCGCUUACUAGAAUGCCGAUUAAAUGGUUUAAUUGUGCCACUUUUCCAACUGUAAUCAGGGCCGAAGGGAUCAAACUGGCAUGGUGAAACGAGUCAUUUCGCAGGGAUUGUCGCUCAAAAAGAUGUCUCCACUGAUUUCCAAACGUCUCUUUGUCCAUGUUAGUCCACGGGGGGGGGGGGGUCUUUUUGGGCUCCAUGGCAUCACGUGUCAGACACUGAAGUUGCACUUCCAGCGUUAGCUUGCUAUGUGAAAUUGGCUUGCAAGCCCGUUGCCCCUGGGGGUGGGGGGGCGACCUGUGACCUGGAGCCCUGUGGAGUACUGCAGGAAACCCCCCCCCCCCCCCCCCCCUAUCAUCCACACUCUGCUCCCCCCCCCACCUCUCCUUCCACUGGGACCAUCCUUCCCCUAUCCCUCCUUCCUCCGCGCGCUUUUUAUUCUCGACAAAACUCAAAGGAGCAUUUUGUCUUCAGUGGGCUGGGCCGAUGGUUGUAAAAUAAUCAUUGUAAAUAUUUAAGUUACCUAUUUAGUCCGAAAACCGGAAAGAAAAAAGACUUCCAGUAUAUAAAUAUAAAUAUAUGUUUGUUUUUUUGAGAGAAAGAAAAGGUGAAAACAUGAGUGUAGUUUUUAGACAUUAUCAAUAAUUGUUAUUAUUAUUAUUAUUAUUGCUAUAGCCUACCGUAUAAUUCAGGCCCUGGUUCUUGAUCCGUGUAUUAUUAUUGAUAUGGAUGUGUAAAUUCCAGAUGAUAUGUAUGACUGUAUGUUGUAGUACAUCUAUGCUCUUCUCCAUCCCUGACAAAAGGCACACUUUCCAAAAAGCACUGGAGCACACGGCCAUCUUUAAAGGUCACAUGACUGACCGACUCUUCCUCAUGCUGCCAUGUGUCCGGUGUGUUGGAGCAGUAUGUUACCCCCCCUGAUUUCAGUCCACCAGUGUAUGUCCAUGCAUACCGGUACAGUUAUUAAAGAUGAUCCAGUGCCCUCUCAGUGGCUUUUUGGGAAAACUAUAUGUAGGUUGUUUUGUAAGACGCAUGUAUUAGAGAAGAGGAGUGUAAAAGGUUAAACACUAGAACUGAAAUUAAACCUUCUUUCUUCUUUUCUCUGA